AUGGGACCCUCCAUCAUUCCCAGCUGGGGCGGCUGGGGCUGCAGGGGGCGGCUGGUGGCACCGUGUCGGCCUAUCAUAACGCCUAACGACGCCGGAGUCAUCACUUACUUCAUCUUGACAUCAGAUAUCGACUGGAUGUCCCGAGGAGCGAUGGGAGGGGGAGCACAGCCACACAGAGGGGCCCCGCAGGUGAUCAGGUCCAAGAUGGCCCCUGGUGGCUUCAUAGCGCACCUGCCCCAUGGGACCAGAGUCUGCCCACCAUCUGCAGGACAGCAGUUGUCCGAUGGCCCCGACGGUAACUUCAUCCCCUUAAUCCUCACCGACCGUGGUUCAAAACAAGUCAAAGCUUUUGUUUUACCUUCAAAAGAUUAG